UUUUAUGCUCUUAAAAUAUUACUUUCUCUUUCAAGUUUCAAAUCUCUCUCUCUAAAAUUAACUAAUGGCAUCCUUAAAAUGGCUUAUAAACUCAGCAUUUACUCAAGUUUUCGGACACGCGGACACUGCUACGACAAGUAGUUUCACUGUGUCAGUGCAUCAAGAAUGUCUGAAUAAUAAUUUGAAGGAUGCAAGAAUUGCAAAGAAGAAGUUUGGAGAGUACCCAAAUGGAUUUCAACUGCCACUUCACUACCCUAAAUUCUCUAAGGCAGAUUAUGAGAAAAUGGAAGAGUGGAGAGUUGAUAUGCUUCUUAAUGAAUAUGGCCUUUGUUUUAAGGGUACCCUUAAUGAGAAAAGGGCCUUUGCUAUGGGUUCAUUCCUCUGGCCUGACCAAAUUUAGAACCGAGAGGGUUUGGUCCACUACGGCGUCGUUUUAUUAGUUUGGUUGUGUAUAAAUGCAUGCAUGCCUGCCUGUUAUAAUAUAAUAGGCUCAAAUGUGAUGGUUAAUUAUUGUAUAAUUAUAAUUUCGAUUUAUUAUGUAUAAAUUACUGUAUGGUUAGAUAUGUGUUUAUUAUGUAAACUGUAAGUCUUGAUAAUAAUAAAAAUGAGUUGGGUUUUUA